CUGGAAUCCAUGGACUGUUCCUACGCAGCAGGCCUAGUUCGGGUUCGAAUGCGAUCGAUCGAGAUGCUCUCCGAAAGCAGGCCCGAACAAGCUACCCAAGAACGGCAGGCAUGACAUUUUUGCAUUCGUGAUCGGUACAUAACGUGCAUAGACAAAGCACAAAUUGCCCGGUGACUACUUAAUGCCAGGAUUCAGGGGAUUGCGGAACCGAAUAAAUCAUUAACUAGUUCGUUAGUGCCUCCGAUUCCGUGUCAAGAUGCGGGGAAGCUCAUGGUGUAUGGACACGGAAACACGAGUCAGGAUCUGGCCGGGCCAGCUAGCAGGCAAUGGCUUAUGGUUGACAGUACUACAGCUCCUUCAGUGGCCGGCUAUUCUGGAGUUUGACCGAGGUUGUGACAAGGUUUAUAUGCCAGCCUAUUGCACCACCACUUUGCCUGGCUCACAUCUUGACUAUAUAUCAUCCUCUGUAGAUCGAAAUGGGCUCUAACGACCCCCAGAUGACAUUCCACUGCGACGCGUUGAUCGUCGGCGCCGGGUUCAGUGGAAUAUACGGCCUCCACAAACUGCGCCAGCUCGGCCUCUCAGUCCAGGUCUUCGAAGCCGGGGGCGACCUGGGCGGAGUAUGGUACUGGAACCGCUAUCCGGGUGCGCGUGUCGACUCGGAAUGGCCUUAUUACCAGCUCAGUCUCCCAGAAGUGUGGAAGGAUUUCUACUUCACCGAGCGCUUCCCCGGGAGCGAAGAAAUCAGAGGGUACUUUGCGCAUGCAGACCGCGUUCUCAACCUGAAAAAGGACAUCCAAUUCAAUGCACGAGUUAACUCGGCAACCUGGAAUGAAAGUACAUCUCGGUGGACAGUCACCACGGAGGCAGGGCAUGUAGGUGUGGCCAAGUAUCUCUGUCUGUUUACCGGGCUACUCCAUCGACAGUACUUGCCCGAGUUUCCAGGCCUGGAAACAUACAAGGGGGAGGCUUACCACUCGACUGCCUGGCCUGAGGAUGUCGAUAUCACUGGUAAAAGGGUCGCUGUCAUCGGAGCUGGUGCAACUGCUGUGCAAGUGGUCCAGGAAGUCGCUAAAAAGGCGAGCCACCUGUCGAUGUUCAUGCGACGACCCAGUAUCUGUCUUCCCCUGGGAAAUCGCGAGAUGUGCAAAGCAGAGCAAGACGCGUUCAGGCCAUACUUGAGGAUUCUGUUCGAUGCUGGAAGGAAAUCUUCCUCAGGACUACCAACACCGCCGCCCACCAAGGGCAUCUUCGACCUUGCAGACGCCGAACGCGAUGAGUAUUAUGAGACCCUAUGGAAGUCUGGCGCAUUCCACUUCGCCGGAGGCAACUUUCCUGAAAUAUUCUUCCACCGACAGGCAAAUCGCAUUGCUUAUGACUUCUGGGCGAAGAAAACACGCGCACGGUUCAGCAACCCUAUCAAGCGAGACCUGAUGGCACCCCUCGAGCCUCCUUACCCAUUCAUGACUCGGCGGUCGCCGUUAGAGCGGGAUUUCUACGACGUUCUGGAUAGGGAUCACGUCGAGAUUGUGCCACUGCUGCAGACGCCCUUUGAGACAUUCACCGAGACUGGCAUACAAACAGCAGACGGUCGCCUUCGCGAAUUUGACUGUGUCAUCUUCGCGACUGGAUUUGAAAGCUUCUCCGGGUCGGUGGCAAAUAUGAACGUCAAAAGCAAAUAUGGUGUAGAUAUGAAGGACGCCUGGGCUAACGGCAUCCGCACAUACCUGGGGAUGUUGGUUAAUGGCUUCCCCAAUUGCUUCCUGAGCUACAGUCCACAGGCACCAACUGCACUAUCCAACGGGCCGACCAUCUUGGAGUGUCAGGUUGAUUUUAUAGUGGACGCAAUCGACAAGAUGGAGAAGGAGGGCCUGGCCACAAUCGAACCCACGGCAGAAGCAGAGGAACAAUGGCGCCAAAGGAUCGUAGAUGCCAGCAGCGCGACUCUUCUUGCGGAAACCGAUUCCUGGUGGACGGGGACCAACAUCCCUGGGGCGAAGAAGCAGUUCCUGACCUAUAUUGGUGGCAUUGGCCGCUAUGAAGCAGAGUGUCGAGAUGCUUUACAAGAAUGGAAGGGGUUUCAUGUCCAGAAGGCUGCAAAAGGCCCUGCCAGAAUCUGAGUAUCAAGUUUUGUAAUCCUCUGCCAGGCUGAUAUUAUGUAUUGAACAUUUAUCAGUGGUGUGUGCAUAAUGAAUGAGCC